UAUUAAUAAAGCGGCACAAACUCAGUAGUUCUAAUUAUAUUUAGAAGGUUCCAAGUCUUUUGACUUUAAUACUAAACACAGUUUGUCGGCUUCUUUCCCAAAACUCAACUUCUUACAAUUAGUUUUAUUAAUGUUUUCAAGAUAUAGUCAUACAUAUAAUAAAAUGACACCUUAAGGUAGAUCGGAUUUAAAAAGCUCUAAUCCGUUUUUUAUUUCAUAGCAAAUAAACCUUUAUAAGUUUGAUCCUUAUUAGUAAUCAAUAAGCCCGUUUUUUCUCUCCCUGCACAUUAAUUCUUAUUAUUUUACAUCAUUUGUUUGAUUUUUAACGUGAAAAUAAAUAAAACUAAUAACACCAGAUGUCGCUGACGUUCAUGUGUCAGAUUUUAUGGAUUAGGAGAAGUUUGGGCUCAGUGGCGCCCCCUGUAGUCCACCGAGUAAUGUGUUAAAAUAUGAAGCAGUAACAAGUUACAGCCUUAAAAUACCAAAUCUGUCUGUUUAUUGAUUGAUUUAGAUUUGAUGAGCACGGUUACGGUGGUGUGUAGUGCAUUAAAGUAUAAAGUGUUAAUGAUAAUGGACCUUUAAUAAAACACACACACCUGUGAGGGUGAGCAGGGUGUCGAGGCUGCAGGUGAAGCAGCUCUAAGUCCUGCUAAGAGGAUCUGUCUACACACACACACACACACACACACACACACACACACACACACGCAGUGUAAGCUGAGGAUUGCAUGCGGAGGAUCAGGUCAGUGGUUGGGAGUCUGAUGUGGUCGAUGUGUCGAACGGAGGGAUGAUGGGAGCUGACGGCGACUCGCUGUGGACGAACCCCGAAGACACGACUGACCUCUGAACCCGAGAGACACCGAACACGGUGUCAUGGACGCCGUGGAUCCGUCUCCUCUGCGGCAUUUUGUCGUGGCGAAGCGUUCGAUCACCUCCAUUUUUGAUCAGCUGCUGGACUUUGUGAAGGACGGCUCAUCCUUUGUGGACGAGGCGUGGCGGGGCGAUGACCUGGGCCAGGUGGCUGUGGAGGAGCAGAGUCUGGAGAUGCAGAGCUGUGCCACCAAACUGUCGACCAUCAGAGAGGUUCUGCUCCGGAGACACAUGAAGGUGGCCUUCUUCGGCAGGACCAGUAACGGGAAGAGCACCGUGAUCAACGCCAUGCUGAGAGACCGAGUGUUACCCAGCGGCAUCGGUCACACCACCAACUGCUUCCUGAGAGUGGAAGGGACCGACGGAGACGAGGCUUACCUCACCACCGAGGGGACCAAUGAGAGGAGGAGCGUCGGCACGGUGAACCAGCUGGCUCAUGCGCUCCACAUGGAUCCGACUCUGGACUCCGGCAGUCUGGUUAAAGUCUUCUGGCCUAAAAGCCGCUGCGCUCUGCUGAGAGACGACCUGGUGCUGAUGGACAGCCCUGGCACUGAUGUCACUCUGGAGUUGGACAGCUGGAUCGAUAAGUUCUGUCUGGACGCCGACGUCUUCGUUCUGGUGGGAAACGCCGAGUCGACGCUCAUGAACACGGAGAAACUUUUCUUCCACAAAGUCAGCGAGAGAAUCUCCAAACCGAAUAUCUUCAUCCUCCACAACAGAUGGGACGCUUCAGUGAGCGAACCUGAAUACAUCGAGGAGGUGAGGAAGCAGCACCUGGACCGCUGUGUGAGCUUCCUGGCCGAGGAGCUGAAGGUGGUCGGUCUGGACGAGGCUCCCGGGAGGAUCUUCUUCGUCUCGGCCAGAGAGGUUCUGAGCUCCAGGAUGCAGCGAGCGCAGGGCAUGCCCGAGACAGGUGAGCCAGGUGGCGCUCUGGCUGAAGGUUUCCAUGAGAGACUGAGAGAGUUCCAGAUGUUUGAGAGGACGUUUGAGGAGUUCAUCUCGCAGUCUGCAGUGAAGACGAAGUUUGAGCAGCACACAGUGAGAGCGUGGCAGAUCACCAAGGCCAUCAAAGCAGUGAUGGACGCCAUCAACAUCGCCUCCGCAGACAGGAAGAUCUGCUGCCUGGAGGAGCGUGAGGACCAGAGGGACCGGCUGGACUUUGUUCGAGGACAGAUUAACCGUCUGACCGACAGCGUCAGAGAGAGGAUCAAGAGUCUGACUGACGAUGUUGCUGCCAAGGUGGCGACGGCGCUGUCGGAUCAGAUCCGGUCUCUUCCUGUUCUGGUGGACGAGUUCAGAGCCGAUUUCAACCCGACACAAGAAACUCUGGAGCUCUACAAAACUAAGCUGCUGCAGCACGUGGACGAGAGGAUGGUCGGCAGUUUGGCUCAUCGCUGCUCCGUCAGCGUCCUCAGAGACAUCAGAGACGCCCAGAGACACAUGAUCGACAGCGUCCGUCCUCUGCUGUCUCUGUCCGUCCAGGAGCAGCUCUCUGCUCCCUCCUCCUCCUUCGAGUUGACCUAUGACCUCGGCCUCGCCACCCUCUGUGCAGAUUUCCGUGAAAACAUCGAGUUCCAGUUUUCUCUGGGCUGGACCGCCCUCGUCAGCCGCUUCAUCGGAGCCGCCAACGCCAAGCGAGCGCUGAGCGGCUCCGACCCGCGACUGCAGGAAAGCUCCAGCUUCAAGGAUGAGAUGGUGGUUUCCAUAGCAACAGGUCUGGUCUCUGUCACGUCCCGGGCGUCCAUGACGGUGCUGGUGAUCGGAGGAGUGGUGUGUCUCAGGUCUGUCUGUGUGUCUCAGGUGUGCCGUUCGGUGGGCUGGCGUCUCAUCGCUCUCUCUCUCUCUCUGUACGGUCUCCUUUACCUGUACGAGAAACUCACCUGGACCAACGCCAGCAGAGAGCGCGCUCUGAAGCAGCAGUUUGUGGAGCACGCCGCCCAGCGCCUGAGAGCCGUCGUCCCCGUCAGCAGCUCCGCCUGCAGCCAGCAGGUGUACAAGGAGCUGUCGGCCACCUUCAGCCGUCUGACUCAGAGAGUCGACCUGAGCGAAGCGGAGCUGGAGGGAAACAUCCGGCAGCUGAGCUUCAGGAUCCAGAGACUGGAGAACAUCCAGAGGAGGUCCAAGGCCUUCAGGUCAGAGGCACAGAGCCACGGAGCUGGAGACGCAGCUGGAGGCCUUUUCUGUUCAGUACCUGCAGGGAAACUGAAGUCAGCGGCUCCACGUGCAGGAUCAGGAUCAGGAUCAGGAUCAGGAUCAGCUGCAGCUCCGCACGAAAGUCUGUACGUCGAAUUUUCAUUUUAAUCUUUGAAUAAAGUUUCAUUUAUUAUUAAAAUACUUUCUAACACUUACUGGCUUUUUCUGGAGCUUUCAACUGUAUAGCCCAGGCUUCAUCAGCAGAUGCAGUUGUCAUGACGACGGGUGUGUUGUGAUUUAACGGCUCAUGAAACAUGGCUGACAGGUGAUCAGAUUCCUCCCUGGAAGUCAGUCCGUUCACCGUCACUCAUUUCAUGUUUGGGAACAUUGUGAUGAAGCCGGCAGCACUUUGUUGUAAUAAACAGGUGAUGAAUUAUUAUAACAGCCCAGCUGUGAUCUGAUGUUACCUGCGUACUGUUAGCAUCAUAAAUCAGUAUAUCUGUGGUUAUUAAUCAUGUUUCAAUGUCACGUCUGAUGAGUGAAAUAAAUCAUGUUUGAUGUCA